CAACUGGAAUAAACAUUCGCGAAUAUAAUUUCACGGUAACAUAUCGCCCUGUAAAAAAAUGCGGUGACCCAAGCCGCGAUGUAAUUCACAUUAACGGAAAACAUCCGCCUCCGCCAAUCGAAGCGAACGUCGGUGAAAUUAUUCGUGUAAAUAUGAUCAAUCAUAUGCAGAAAGAUAAUAUCACUUUUCAUUUUCAUGGAAUACGACAGCGUGGAACGCCCAUGGCGGAUGGGGUGCCGUUUGUCACGCAAUAUCCGACUGAACCUAAUAAAAUGUAUACUUAUGAAUUUGUCGCGUGUCCUGAUCAAGUAGGAACUUAUUUUUAUCAUUCGCAUGUUGGUCUAACCACAAUCACUGGACACGGUGCACUCAUUAUCCACGAUAAGAUACACCCAUUCAAAUACCACGAAGAGCGCAUAAUCGUCCUCUCAGACUUUUGGAAUAAUACUGAUACUGAUGAAGCAUUAGAAGCCGGUCUUUAUGCAGGCCCAUUUAAAUUCGUUGGUCCGCCAGCUGAUUUAUUGAUCAAUGGAAGAACUGCAGAAAACAAUGAAUGUGGUCCGGAUAAAAUCAUAGUCGAGUCGAAUAAAACAUAUCGUUUGAGAAUCGUUGGCGCUACUACUCUUGAAGAUUUGGUUUUUGGUAUCGCGGGACAUAAUAUGACGAUAAUUGAAGCUGACGGAACUUAUGUGAAUCCAGUGAACACUGAGUUUCUAGAAAUCGCUCCUGGACAACGUUAUUCAGUUCUAAUUACAACUGAUCAAAUACCAAGCGACUAUCAAAUCACAGCAAAUGUUCUCUUAAGAACUGAUAAAGUAAAUCGAGUAGCAAAUGCCAUCUUAAGUUACAAAAAUCCCAAAAACAAAACGAUCCACACUCUAAAUCUCCCAGCACAAUAUACACUCCCGCAACUUAUAACACUUGACAACUACGACCAGUCAAUUCCACCUUUACCCGCGAAAUCUGAUCGCACAAUAGUAAUUCGAUCGCAACAAGUUUUACUUAGGAACGGUGGGCGACAAUGGACCGUCAACGCUGUUAGUUUUAUGGAUCCUCAAUCUGCUAUUCUUCUUGAUUUGUAUUCUGGAAAUCGACCAGUUUACACCGAUUAUUCCAAGUUGCUAGCAAAUGGUCAUAAUGUUUCUAUUGGAACUUAUCCGCUACGAUAUAAAGAAACGAUUGAUCUCGUAUUUCAAAAUACUUUUGGAGCGGAAGGUACUUGCGAUUAUCAUCCUUGGCAUCUACACGGGCAUUCGUUCUGGGAAAUUGCUCAAGGACCAGGCGAAUUUUCAUUUUCCGAUACAUCCUCUUUCACUAUACAAAAAAGUAGCCGUCGUAGAGAAAAUAGUAUACCGAUAUAUAGAGAUACUACCUUGAUUUAUCCCAGUCCAGGGACUGGUGUACCUUCACAAGGAUGUGGAUGGAAAGUGGUUCGUUUUAUUGCAGAUAAUCCAGGUGUCUGGGUUGCUCAUUGCCAUAUUGUGCCACAUAUGUUGAUGGGAAUGAUGGUGGCUUUUGAGGAAGCUACAGACUUUUUGAAUGCUACUAGUGCACCUCCAACCAAAAAACAAUUUUGCUUAGUGCAUUAA